GCGGCAGGUGGCUGCCCGGGGCCUAUGGGCAGGGAGGGCGGGGGAUGGAUGGAGAGGCUCCGGAAGCUGUGGAGGGGCCGCACCAUAACCUUCGGGGUCCCCCUCUUGCUGUAUCUUAUUGGAGGAUCUUUUGGACUCCGUGAAUUUGCUCAGAUAAGAUACGAUGUCCACAAACUACAUGGCAAGGACAGAAUUUCUGUGUAGAAAAAAAGGGCUGUGUCUGGAGAAACCUGGACAUCUGGCAGCUUUACCUCAGAUUAUUGAGCUUCUCUGUGAUGAAGUACAAAAUAGAGUGCAAGUUGAUCCAGCUUUGAAAGAAAAAUUAAAACAGAACACUGUGACACUGGAAUCUGAAUAUGAGAAGCUGGAAAAGUCUGACUUGGAUAACUGGGAGAACAUCAGAGGACCCCGUUUAUGGGAAGAUUCUAGGACUGUUCAGAAGCAACGGCGGGAGGCUGUCCGUCUCAAGACAGAGUGACUGAGCAAGCCUACUUUGGUGCCUCUGCAAAAAAAAAAAAGUCUCAGUCUGAACUGUCGUAUUUUUUAAUCCAGUAUCAGGAACAGACACGGGAGGGGGGGAUUGCACUGAACAAUUCAUGCUGGUGUAUAUAUAAGUAACUGUGAGAUCAAUCCAAAAGGCACUGUAUUAUAUGAAACUCUUUGUUUGCAUCCAUUUGCACAGAGUUCCACAGGCUGCAUAUAUCAAUUCUCAAUUAAAAAAAUAGCUGAUUAUUCUACUGAGAA